GUCGUGCGACGGCUAGCGCGAGCGUUACACGCGUCAUAAGACGAUAUGCUGUGACAGUUCACACGAUUCGCGUGUUUAGUGAUUGUUCGUAAUGGUGACGGGCAUCGGUAGCCCCCAGCAAGGGGUGUCCAACGUGGCUAUGAGCCCAACAGGAAUGCAGGAGCAGAAGAAAACUGGAGAUAAUAGACGAAGUAAUAAACCUAUAAUGGAAAAGAGACGUCGGGCGCGCAUCAACAACUGCUUAAAUGAACUAAAAGCACUUACCCUUGACGCGAUGAAAAAAGAUCCGGCUCGCCAUUCAAAACUAGAAAAGGCAGACAUUUUAGAAAUGACGGUGAAAUAUUUGGAGGGUCUUCGUUCUGAAGGUGCUGGUUCACCGGAUAGAUUUAAGGCAGGCUAUAGGCACUGCUUAUCCGAAGUCGCUAAGUUUCCUGGUUUAGAUUCGGGAUUGAAAAAACGCCUUGUACGACAUCUCGAAGGAUGUGUGACUAAUCCCGGUACUAGGCCGUUUGCGGCGCCCACGCCCCCGUCGGAUAUAGAAGAUGCAGUUGUUCCUCCUCAACAUUCAACCAUAUUUAUUUCUGCUGGUCCCGGUUCUGGAGUUCGACUUGUUCCAACGAGGUUAUCAAACGGUGACAUUGCCCUCGUAUUACCAGCUGGAGUAAGUGCGAGUACCAUCGGCGCCGUUCCUACACUCGUACCACUUUCCCCACGAGAUGCCUCUUCAUCGUCAUCAGAACCUAGAUGUUACUCCCCAGCCAGCUCCGGUUGGGGAACACCUCCUCCCCCAUCAGAGGAACCCGCGCCCCUCGCAUUGGUUACUAGACGACAACCUCAAGAGGAAAAACCCUGGCGACCUUGGUGACAGUCCAUUCCCUGUUUAUUUAUAAUCUGUGAUAUUUGUUUGUAAUUGUAUGAUACAGAUUAUGUAUGAGUGAUAGAUUUAAAAAGUUCCUAUAUAAAUAAACUAUUUUAGAGAUUAUAUUUAGUUUUAGAUUGUUCGCUUGGUCAGUACUUGUUCUGUGUUAUAACACUAGGUUUUAUUAAGCGGUGUUUAAAUUAAUAAGCCA